CCUCGGUUGUCGCUCUAGCGCGAGAACCGACAGCCAGCUGACACCUGCAGCUCAAGCUCGCAGCUGGUGACGACGCUAGCAGAGCAAAUCAAAACUCGAGCGCGAUGCGACAAAAUUUUAUUUCCUUUUCUUCUUUUUUUCUUCUUCGUGCGGCUGGCAUGACACAACACUCCCCGUGUUGCUCGAAUCCCUUCUUCCUUCAGUGGAAUAUACCCCCAUGGAUAUAUAGCGUCAGUCAUGCCACAGAGAAAUUAAAAUUGCAAGCCGGCGACUUCACUUCUGAAGUCGGUUCGAACCUGAAGCCUUUGGUCGCUUCUUCGAACCGCAGUGAAGAUGCUGGACAUUAUAAAAAUAAAAAAACAAGACUUUUAGCCUACCUAACUCAGCUUACGAGAGAGGCUAGUUGGUAAAAUUUUCUGCCAUUAGAUGAGGAUGAUGUCUUGAUAGACAUUGUUGCAAUCUUGAGGGAAUACUUUUCUUCCCGGAGGAUUUAACCCUU